CAGAGCUCGGCAGGGGUCUCCGGCGAGGGCGGGCGGCCCGGGACGCGUGGACUGAGCCCGGGAAGAAGGAGCCGGGGCGGGCGCGUGGGGCGCUUGCUGAGGGCGCCGAGCCUCCCUCGCGGGGGCGGUUUGAGGCCGCCAGACUGCGACCACCUGAGCCGGAACUCGGGGCUGACAGUCCGGGAGGAGAGCGAGGCGGGCGGGUUAGAGACUAUCAUCCCUCAGCUCAAAGUCUUUCUGUGGUUCCCUAUUGGAUUCGGCGCUCAUUUAUUAGAUGUCUGCUAUGUGCCAGCCUUCCUGCUAGGUGCUGGGGCUGCCAAAACAAACUCCAAACAGUACCUGCCUUUAAAGAGCUUGUGUUCUAAUCUGGAGGAUACAUCACAUAUACAAGUCAAUUCAGUCAUCCUUGGAAGUAAGGAUUAAGCUUGCCCAAAGUAGCUGCCAGGAGCAGGCAGAGGAACCUUCUGCGUCUGCAGAGCUCCAGGGAAAUUAGAUGACCUAGAUGAUGAGGACACUGAGGUCCAGAGAAAAGAAGUGAUUUGGCCAGAGUCACACAGCAAGCCAGUGGUGGGAGUGGAAACGGGAAUCCACGUCUCCCAAACCCAAAGCUAUUCCUGUUGCUGCUAUAUUGCCAGACCAGACUGAUGAGGGUCCCGGGCUGCCAGAAAGACCUGUGGACACAAGGAGAUAGUUGACUAUUUCAAAUUUCCUGGAGCUACAUUAAAGAGAAGCCUCAUCAUGGCCGAAUAUUCAGGAUAUAAGGAGGUCGCCUCCAGUCGCCACCUGCGGUUUAAGCUGCAGAGUCUCGGCCGUCGCCUCGAUGAGUUGGAGGAAGCCACCAAAAACCUCCAGAAGGCCGAGGAUGAGCUCCUGGAUCUCCAGGACAAGGUGAUCCAGGCUGAGGGCAGCAACUCGAGCAUGCUGGUCGAGGUGGAGGCGCUGCGGAAACGGGUGUUGAAGAUUGAGGGGAAGGAUGAGGAGAUCAAGAGGGCAGAAGACUUGUGUCAGCUGAUGAAGGAGAAACUGGAGGAGGAGGAGAGCUUGACCCGGGAGCUGAAAGCGGAGAUCGAGCGGCUCCAGAAACGGAUGGCCGAACUGGAGAAGCUGGAGGAGGCCUUUGGCCGGAGUAAGAACGACUGCACCCAGCUUUGCCUGAGUCUGAACGAGGAGCGGAAUCUGACCAAGAAGAUCUCCUCCGAGCUGGAGACCCUCAGGGUCAAAGUGAAGGAGCUGGAAACUUCGGGAGACAGGCUGGACAAAACGGAGCAGAGUUUGGUGUCUGAGCUUGAGAAGCUGAAGUCGCUAACUUUGAGUUUCGUGAGCGAGAGGAAAUACUUAAAUGACAGGGACAGAGAAAAUGAGAAAUUAAUCAAAGAACUGACCCAGAAACUGGAGCAGAACAACAAGGUCAACCUCGCGGACCAUACCAGGAACGCCUCCACCCUCCUGGACAGAAACGACCUGCGCAUUGAGGAUGGCAUCUCCUCCACGCUGCCCUCCAAAGAAGCGCGGAGGAAGGGCGUGCUGGAUUAUCGCAAGCAGGGGGAGAAUGAAACAAGUCGGAACAAGUCGGAGAAUGAAAAGAACCGGAACCAAGAAGAUAACAAAGUUAAAGACCUCAACCAAGAAAUCGAGAAACUCAAAACCCAAAUCAAACACUACGAGUCUCUGGAGGAGGAGCUGAAGAAGAUGCGGGCCCAGAACAACGACCUGAAGGACAGUUACCUGAGCGAGCAGAAUAAGAACAAGCUCCUGGCCAGUCAGCUGGAGGAGGUCAGGUCGCAGUUGAAGAAUCAGAGGGACCUGGAGAACGGGGAGGUGGAGUGCGAAGAGUCUUUUCUGGUUGGCAAGGGCCGGCAGCACGAGAGACCCAAGUACCGAGGGCUUCUCAACGAGUCCCCCAGCUCCAAGUACAAGUCACGGGAGCUCUCCCCCCAGCACAAAAGGGGGGAACGGCUUCGGAACAGGGACCACCCUCUCAGCAACGAUAACGCUGCUCAGAACAGCAGGCAGGGCGGAGGCUGUGGCUCUGCGAGCCGGAGGGCUGCCAAGGCUUCCAGCACCGUGCCGGGGACGGACAACGUCGCCCAGGAUGCCAGCUUUGCGGCUGGCUCUUCUCUGAGCGAAGGCAAGAGAACCAGGGAGCAGCCGUCGGUGCUGAGCCGCUACCCGCCGGCGGCCCAGGAGCACCGUGUCCUGAAGGGAGCCUCCAAGCCAGGACAUGAGAACGGACUGAAGGGGAAGGUGGAAAAGGCAUCCCGAGUGUUUAACGAUGCUGGCCACGGCCGCGGGUCCGAGGAUAAGCCCAGCAGGACAGAGGGCACCGCGGUCCCGGCGGGGAACAAGGCGUCGAGGGUGAAUCGCGUGGCGGCUUUGGAGGCCUCCUUGGAAGCCAUGCCGGCCAAGAAGCUCCUCAACCCCUCCAGUGGGAAUCAGGCACCUUCAGGCUCGGCCACAGACCCGGGCCCCUCCAAGGCCACUGAUCCUUCGGCUUCGUCCCGGAGGUUGUCCUCCGAAGGGCUGUCAAAAGGCAAAAGGCCCGUGAAUGGCCCGGAAGCUGAGAGCAGCCCUCCGAGCGUGAAGCCCCCAAUUCUAUCCAAGCCUUCCUACAGUUCCCGAAGUCAGGAAGACAUCCUUCACGGCUCUGUCGCCCUGAGCAAGGAGGAGCCCGACCUGCCCGUGUCUGUGGUGACGGAGGACAGCGGUCAGCAUGAAGCCUUGAGGUGCAGAGUCAUCAGGCCCGGCGGCAGAGAGAGACUGGACUUGGAAGAUGACCCGGACCCAGACUCCCUCGUCACUGCCAAGCUGGUCAACACGACCAUCACUCCCGAGCCCGAGUCCCGGAGGCAGCCCCGCUCCCGAGCCGCCCUGAGAGCUCCCCUGUUCGACGGCGACAGAGACGCUGGGGCUGAGCCGGACCCCACCAAGCCCGGGAGAAAUGCCGCGGCAGAGUUCCAGGACGCCAGCGGCUCCGGAGGGAGAAGCCGGAGGCCCUUCAGCCCCAGGGAGGCCCUGCGGUCCAAGGCGGUCAUCAAGCCCGUCAUCAUCGACAAGGAUGUGAAAGAGGUCAUGGGGGGAGUGGGAGCCGAGCCCGCCUCGGAGAAACCGAAGCCCGCCUCGCGGUCGGGCACAAACAAAGUGAUGAGCUGCAUAACCAUUUACCCCAUGGAGGUGAGCAGCCCCCGGGGGAGCUCGGGGGAAGCCCCGAGGGAGAGACACACGGCCACCAGUAACAUCCAGGUGGUCCCCGGCGAGGUGUCUUCGGUCACCAACCACAUCAGCCUGCCUUUUGAGAUCUCCAUCAACAAGAACGAUAUCACGCGGCAGAUCACGGAGGGUGACCAUGCCGGGGACCCGCCCCCGCGGAGCCGGCCAGAAACAGUGGUCUCCAGGAGCAGUAUUACCAUCAAGCCAUCGGACCCCGCAGAGAGGAACAGCCACGAGCCCCCCUCAGAGACCCUCAGGUGGAAAAGCCACCGGCCCUCUUUGGAAAUGGAGCCAUCCGACAGCAAGCACGUCACCUUGCGGAGCGCCUGGAGGACCAGGCGGGACUUGAAUUCCCUGGAAGACCCCCCGGCCCAAGGAGGCAAAAAUGUGGAUCCCCCUAAUGCAUAUACGCAGAGAUCUUCCACAGAUUUCUCAGAACUGGAGCGGCCCAGGCCCUCUCCCUUUGAGCAGGGCACCCGAAGGGGGCCGGGGACCACCGGGGAUGCCCUUGAGCUGAACUCCCGAAGAACCCAAAGCAGCCUCACGGUGUCGGAAGUUCUCACGAGGCGCGGCCGGGCUGGGGACUCUGUCACCACUGCCGCCUCGAGCCGCCCAGCGGGCCGGGAGGAAGCUGAAGGCAGUAAUCCCAACUCCUUUCAAUGGCAGCACAAUUGCCUGGAAAGGCCGGAGCUGCCAGCCAAGCGGCCUCCGGAGCUCCUGCGGGUUCGAGCUGAAGAACGGGUACGUCGGGCCAAGCACUCCGAAGAGAAUUGAUCUGACGGGGGUGGUUCCCGCUCUGCUGGGUUGAUUCCCAAGAUUCCGACUCUCCUCCCAGCAGAGCCCGCCCCUUGGGACGCCGCGACCACACACCCUUCAGCCACCAGCUGCAAAGCCAUCUCCCAUUCUUCUGUCCCUCUGAGCAUCCUUGACUUGGAGGUUUUCCCAGCAGACCACGGACAGCGGUGUCUGGCUGGAGCUUGCUCGGGGUCGCUGAGCCCGUGCCCCGGGGCGGCAGCCUGGCUGUCGGGGUCUGGGCCGGCGGUGGGCCGAAGGGCCCCCAGCAGGGACGCAUCCUAGCCAGACGCCCCCUAAGAGACGCAGAAGGGCCCGUACCCCUCCACAUCCCCUUCCCCAAGCACUGGAGGCUUGGCUGGCUUGUUUGCCUGCGGGAUCCCGUGGCUGCGAGCCUCGGCUGGGCUUCUCAGCAGGCUGUCCUCCCCUCCCUGUCCGAGGAGGGGGCCGGGCUUCCCCUGGCACUCUCCCCUUCCCCACGCCCCUGGUCAGGAUGAGCCUGUCCCAUUUGCACCCCCUGGAGCAACAGGUCCAAGGAGAGGCAGACCUUAGCGUGCUGUCCCCGCCCCCGCCUUCUCCCCUGCCCCCUUUCCCCUCGAGAACCGCACUUUACUGAGUCAAUGCAAUCCUUGAAGGUUGGCUGGAAAGGGGAUUUCUGUGGAUUGUAGUUUCCUGUUGCCUCCAUCAGCAAAAUGAGAGGGGAAAAUCGUGAGUUGGGGGGAGGCUGGGAGGGGAAGGAUGCAGCAUUUUGUUUGCAAAUUCCAGAUUUCUUUUUUAUCAAAAACUUUAGCCAUCGGUAGCUUUGUUCAGAUGCCAAAUUUAGGAGUAGUCAGCCCCUGACUCCAUUGGGUUUAGCCCACGGCUGGGCUCGCCAUCUUGGAAAGGGAGCGCUUUGGGUCCUAACCCCCUUCCCCCAGAAUGCCGAGUGACCGGGGACCAGCUAAUGCAAGCGCCCCCCUUCAGGGAGGUGGAAGAUGAGGGCCAUAGUCUCCAAGGUCGCGACUCGGCCAUUUCGCCCGACUCCCAACAACGUUCUCUUAUCCUUGCUGGGGUUUGGGGUGGGGGGUCCCUUAAAGCCCCUUUCACCCUCUUUUGUAAGAACUUUCCUGGUUUAUGUUAAGGCUCUGUCUGGGCCCCGGGCCGACUGGAUCCUUGAUUCUCUGGGGGGCGGCAAGGACGCACUUGGCCAGGCUGUGCCUUGGCGAUCCAGGUCCCGGUGCCCCGCAGGAGCCGCUCUCAUACCUCCGUCUCCACGAUUGCCAAAUUGGGCUUGUAUUCCUUGGGCUGCCCCCCCUCCCCCAUUGCCAUAGGCCCUGUCUGACGUGCACAACCCACUCCCGUCUCCUCACUGACCCAGACGGCGGGACCCCCAGCGGAGCUUCCGGCCUCACCACCUAGCAAGCUGCUCGUCCCAAACCUCUCCACAAAGCCCGCCCAGGCUGAUCCUCCUCCACUGGCUGGGACUCCGGGAGGCCCGUCAGCCCUGGACCCUCUCAGGUGAUAGCUGCUCAACGCGGGGGAAACGGGGGCUCCCCGUCACCCCCAGUCACGGGGGCUGGAGGCAGGCGGCCAGCGGCUGCAGAACGAGUCUCGACAGCUUUCCCCGCGUCCCCGGAUUCGAGCUCGGACGGACUCCCGAGUCUCGGCCGCUCAGCCAGGUGCCAACAGUGACGCCCCCGAGCUUAAGGCGCUGCUCACUGCCGCCGUGGAACCAAGGUGCCACGGGGGAGCGGGACAGCCACGGUGCCCUUCGUGGGACCACCGCCUUGAAACCUGAGUGCAAUAGGGUUUGAUUGUAACUAAUAUUUCAGGAUAAGUAUUUCACCUCCCCAGCCCCCAACUUGCACAGUUCCCAGGACCCCUGAUAGAUUUCUUUUUAAAAUUGUUGGUGUUGCAGAAAAGACCGAGUAUCAUCGUACAGCUGAGAGUCCGAGGCCGGGCUCGGCCACCUACGGCAGUGGUAGGGACCCCUUGGGGCUCAGCAAAUCCCAAAGUUCCGAUGCUAGUGCUCCACGCUGGCAUCGCUCAGAGCACCUUCCCAAGUAGCCGGAGGGCCGCCGGACGCGCCCCGCCCCACGCGGCCCCGCCCCACGCCUUCUCUGGGAGGAAAUGCCUGCGCUCCGAGGGGCAGGAGAGCCGUUGGCUGGAAGUGGAAAGGGACUCUGGCCUGCGGGGAAGCCGGCCCGCCCAGACCCAGUCCUCUAGACCGAGACUGCUUAAGUGUUUGGAUGAGGAGAGUGGAAUGGAGCGAGGCGGGACGCCCAGGGCAUUCUAAAGUGUCCACACUAGGGAAACGACUGAAUCUGGCUGGGGAGUCUGGGUGAGGAGCCGGGCUUCCUCCCGUGCCUUUCCUCUGCACCCUGCGCCCACGCCUUCGGUCACCGAGAUCUAUGAAGCCGGCUACGGAGGGUGGCAGAGUGAGGGUCCCGAAGUGGGCUCAGAGUCCUCAGGGGUCCCAGCAUGUAGAGAAUGACUUGGGUGACAAGGACUUAGGGGUCACUGGACAGAGAAGCCCCUCCGCUUCCAGGAUAGAUUGCACACACCGCCCUGGUCAGGCAGGCCGGGGCUGACACUGUUCUGGACCCAAGUCGGGAGCAAAGGGACCGAUUCAGUGGCCUCCGGAGGGAAUAGCCUAGUGUCUCUUUGGGGGGCGCGGGUGCUGGUGGUGGGCUUCCCGGGGUUGCCGCUGCCACCUCACGAUGUCAGGUGAGGGUCUAGGCCACCAUGGCCACUAGGAGGUUUCCAAAGGCUGCUUCGGAACUGGUGCUUCCCGGCCUCCGUUGGUCCUCGAGACCCUCUGGGGGAACUCCGCGGCCCCAGCGGGCAGAGGGCCGGCGUGGCUGUCCAUCCUGCAAUAGGAGAGGUGCUGCAUUCUCCCGCUGCUGCUUAGCAGUUCAGAACACGUAUGAGUGGAAUGUAUUUUUAAAAGAAUAAAAUAUAUUUUUUUGUAUUUUAAAAGUUGGGUGGGGUAGGGAGGUAGUCCUAUAAAGUUGUUACAGGCAGAAACUAGCCCUUGUUGCUGUGUGUCCAGUCUCUCUCCAAGUCCAACCAGUCCAGCUAACUCGGUCCAGCGCCUCGCUCCAGGAAAGGCCUCUGCGGCUCCUGGUCCUCCUGCUCCACCACCCUUGCUCUAAGCAUGUGAGAUAGGAGGGGGCCCGGCCAGCCGCUGCCCGGGCCUCCGCCCCGGGGGAUUACGGAGCAGCAGCCCCGGGCCCCUCAGGUGCAUGUUUAGUUGAAGCCCAUUUGUCUGCAUGUACCCUCUGGCUCUGAAGCUGUCAGCCCUACAGCACGAUAUGUAAUCAAUAAAGCUCUCCAAUUUCUA